AUGUUACGCUAUUUUCAGAGGCCAUUUGCAACAAUCUCUAAAUGUUAUGCUGAUGCUGUGGCGAAACAAGCAAUCAAGGAGGAUGCCUGCCAGCUGAAUGUCGUUCGUUACCUAGAUCGCUUCCAGCAUAUCAUGCAGAGUUAUCAUCGCGGUCCUAUCCCGAACGUACAAUUUGCGGAGUGCAGUGAAAGUGUAAUUCCUUGCGGAAUUUACGAUACUGAGCAAGAGGCAAAGAUCGACCUUCUCUACUUUGGAGCCAACGAUCCCGACAAAAACGAUUUCUACAUAAAGCCGUACCUCGAGCCGUCUACUCUCUCAAACUCUGUUCAAAAGCGUAAAGUGGUAACCACCUCCAUAAACCAAUUUCCUCGCUUGCCAACCGAAGUAAGUCGCUAUCGAACCUUCAGCCAGUUCAACCACACUUGGAAGCAGCCGGAGGCUUCGAAGGCGUCAUCGGAGCGUCCAUGUGCUCCUGAUGAUGAGCUGACCAUCAACAACCACAUUUCCUUCAAGCGAUUUUCGCAGACGCAGGAAGCGCUUGCCCUGCCUCACAGACGGGGCAAGCAGAGCGAGAUCCCUAGAAUUCCACGCGGCAUUUAUCUGCAUGGCGAUGUGGGGACGGGAAAAAGCUUUUUGAUGGAUUUGUUUUACGCGAAUUGCGAAGUGAACGGAGGGAAGUGCCGCGUUCAUUUCCACGAAUUCAUGCAGGAAUUCCAUCGAAAACUGCACCACUACAAAGAAUCGCAGAUCGAACAGAACGGCAGAGAAAGCCACUUAGCAUUAACGAGCGAAAAGGACGCGAUUGUGCAGGUUUCGAAGCAGAUCGCGAUGUCGAACAUUUUGAUUUGUUUUGAUGAGUUCCAUGUAACGGACAUCGCCGAUGCUCUCAUUCUUUCUCACAUCUUUGAAACGUUUUAUAAGACUGGGAGCGUCGUCUUUGCGACGAGCAAUCAUUCGCCGGAGAUGCUUUACAUGAACGGGUUGAAUCGGAUGUUUUUCCUUCCGUUUAUUUCCCUCAUUUCGACGCAUUCGCGCGUUAUCGACAUUUCCUCUUCCAUCGAUUAUCGAAAGUCGCUCGCGCAUCCUGUGGACGAUGUCGUGCUCACGCCAAACGGUCCUGCGGCGGACGCCGUGCUUUACGGAAUGUUCCCGCAGCUGAGUCCUGCGAGAGCGAAGCCGUUCGAUUUGGCGUUGUCGCCAACGCGGGCGAUUCAUCUUCCCGCAGCGCAGGACGGCGUUUGUUGUGUGGAUUACGAGCAGAUCUGCGAGAAAGAUCGCGGAGCGGAUGACUAUGAAUCGAUUGCGACCGCGUUCCACACGGUGAUUAUUCGAAAUAUUCCUCAGUUCGAUGUGGCGAAGCAGAACGAGUUGUCGCGCUUUGUGAAGAUGAUUGACCAGUUCUAUGACCAUCGCGUUCGAAUCAUUGUCACUGCGGAAACAGACGUGAAUCACCUCUUCGAUAAAGUGGGGAAAAGAGAUGGAUUUGAUGCAGAAAGGACGGCUGUCGGCGAUCUCGUCGGUCGUUUUCUCGUGCAAACGAACGCAAUCUCGACUGAUCGAAAUGACGAGCCAGUCGUAUCUUCAAGCCCACGCCAAAGCCAACGAAGGUUCGGAGUAAGCGGAGGGGAAAUCGUUCUUUUACUUGGAGUGUUUGUUUGGAACUGCGAGUUGUUUUUUUGUUUUACUUUUUUUGUUUGUUCUAUUUUGUUAUUAUCUUGUUUCUAUUUCAUUUCAUUUGCUGCUUGUUCAACAAACAAAGGAACAAAGGAACAAAGGAACGAACAAAUCUACAUCGUCUGUACAAGAACCACGAUCACAGAUUCAAAAGGAAUGUUGUUCUACAUCUCACUCCCUUCCAUGCAGCCAAACUCGAAUAAACGGAACGUCUCGAUUCAGUUCUCUUCCUAA